UCUGCGCCGAGUAUUAGCCUGCGCGUCACCAGAAGCUCCGACGCAAGUAAAUCGGCUCCUGCGGCGAACGACGCCGAGCGAGCAUCAUCAUCAUCAUCAUCAUCAUCAUCAUCUCCAGAAGAACCCCCCGGCUUCCCGUCAGGUCGCUCGCCGACACACACAGCACCUCUUCCACUGGACAUGAAAGUGCAGCAGGGCUGCAACUCAGCAGACAUGGGGAUCCCGGUUACAACCGAAGAAGAGCUGCGCAGAAAUACCGUAAUAACGCCCGAGGAUGUGCUGGGGCUCCAGAAGAUCACCAAGAAUUAUCUUUGUUCUCCAGAAGAAAACGUCCACAUGAUCGACUUCACCAGGUUUAAGAUCCGUGACAUGGAAACAGGGACAGUCCUGUUCGAGAUCACUAAACCUCCAACUCCAGCGGGAGGUAAAAAGCAUUGUGACCCAAACGCCGGCCGUUUCGUGCGAUACCAGUUCACCCCAGCCUUCCUGCAGUUGCGGCAGGUUGGAGCCACGGUGGAGUUCACAGUGGGCGACACCCCCAUCAACAACUUCCGCAUGAUCGAGAGACACUACUUCCGCGAUCAGCUGCUCAAGAGCUUUGAUUUCGAGUUUGGCUUCUGCAUGCCCAGCAGCAAGAACACGUGCGAGCACAUCUAUGAGUUCCCCGCACUGUCAGAGGAAAUCAUGCGUGAGAUGAUCCUGCAUCCUUACGAGACGCAGUCUGACAGCUUCUACUUUGUGGACAACAAGCUGGUGAUGCACAACAAGGCGGAUUACUCCUACAGUGGGGGGCCUUAGGAAGACACACCGCCCUCCGUCCUAUUACUCCCCCUCUCUUCUAGACAUUUUCCAUGAUCCAGGUACCACGUCAGGACCACAACUGAUGGACAAACCACUCCUGUUAUUUUAACAUGUUAUUUCAAUUCAGGUAUUCAGUCACGUUUCUCCCUCUGCCUCUCUUUUGCCGGAGCAUUGAAUUCUGCCAGUUUUAUCAUCAGUUUGCAUUAGUUUGUUUGCAUCAGUUCGUGUGUGUGUGUGUGUGUGUGUGUGUGGGCAGUAAACACAUGCAGCGUCUGUACAUACUGUCAAUUUCAGUGUGUAUAUGUGGGCUCCACUUGAUCAUCAGGGAAACCAGGAUUCAUUUACAUGUUGUGUGUUUUCAUAGUCGUGAAUGUGAAGAGGAGAAGGAGACAACGUUUGUCCUGAAUCACAUCACGAGACAAAGAGAGAGUUCAGUUAAAACAAAAAAAAGUUGAAUCAUCCUUUUGGAUGUAUAUUUAUAUAGUUUGUAUAGAAUCUCAUUACAUUUUUACUCCUGAAGCUUCCCAGAUUUGUAGACGUCAUUCUCGUCUGAAUGAUUCAGUCCUCCUCCUGUGAGCGUUGUCAUUGUUCAGUCGAAUGACAAACAGAUGUGUACUUUGUCUAUGUUAAUGUGUCAUUCGUUUCACGUCCUCUGGUUCAUAGUACUACUACUAACGUCAGGAGUAUUUUUUAAAUAAAUAGCCAUUUUGAAGUGUCAGAAAACAUACAUUAGACAAAUUUAAAGGUCAGAUACAAAUUUUGAUAAGCAGUAUGUUCUGUGUAGUACUAAAGAACUAUGUAUACUUUAUGAU